GCGUUUAAUCACCUGCAACAUCACACAGAUCCGAUCUUUCAAAGAAGGUGCAACUAUUUCAUUCGGUAACGUGCCAAUCUUUCUUGUGCAAUGUUUGUUUCCGUUGUUAUUCUGUUAAAGGCUCAGUUGAAAUACAUUCCGUGGCAUUAUUAGAUCAUAACGUUACUGUUUUCACGGUAGCUGUUAAAAAUACUGCUAAAAAUAAUAAUUUAUUUUAAAGAUAUAUCAAUAGUUCCUUUAAAUACACACUUUCAACGUAUUUUAUGUAUGCUUGUACUUUGAUAUUUGUGUUUACUUUUUUUUAAAAAAUUCAUGUUUAACUGAUAUAUCCCAUUCUAUUUACCAAAACCCAGCGGUUACCAAACAUUAUCGAUUUACAGUGCCCCUGCGGCAUCCAGGUUUUCACCAAGCGCGUGGUCCAAUUCUACAAAUUGUUUUUUGUUGUUUUUUUUUUUCGUUUAUCUUUUGCUAUGUAUCUGUGAAGAAACAAUGAUUUCUAUUGUAAAGAGUUGUGCUUCAUAUAACAAUCUGGUGCAUGGUGUUUUUUCUACUGCUUUCAGUUUAUUGUUUUAUUGUUUUUCGUCCUUCGCAAUUUUUCGUCCCGGAGUAGCAGCCUUGACUUGGGCUGAAUUGUGUUUAAAAUUAGGGAGAUUUGCGUUUUUUCGUCAGCAUCACUCUCUCGUCCUUGCCAAAUGAUCAAAUGGCAAGACUUAGUCAGUUAUUUUCUGGCUAUUGCAAAAGACGAUGUUUUUACCUUUUUUAAAAAUAAAUUAGGUUAUUUUCCCUUUUAAACGGCUGUAACAAUCAUUGUAAUUUUUUUCUAAAUUUUCUUUUAAAACAGAUUUGCAAUAUGGCAAGAAUUUGGUGCUGUGUUCUCAUCUUCCUGCUGCUGUCACCCCCUGCCACUAAUGCCUGGCUCACUGAGGCGGUAUGUGCUGUAGUGGGGGGCGUUGCAACCGUCGCAUUGGCUCCAAUAGUUUUACCGGCUGUCGGCUUUACAUCAGGUACGUUGCAGAAUAUUUUCAACAAUGUUCACAUGUUUUCUAAAACUGGGGGCUGAAAUUUUGAAAGAACGUUUUGUCAUCGCCAGUGUCACAAUGUGUUGAUUUCCAGCUUGAUAGGUCAACGGGAAGUGGAUCCAUUAGCAGUCCGAACGUUCUAUCCUAAACAAGCAAAAUUGAAGUUAAUGUAAAGGAUCUAAAAAGUACGACGUUUGUACUGACACGCUAAAUGUGGCAAAACAUAAAUUCCGUACACUCGUUCGGAACAAUCAGCUGCUUUAAACAUUUGAGCAAAGGUUUCUUUAGUUGUGUCUUUGCCUGUGGAUCAAACAACACGAUCAUGCACAAACUGGACGUACAAUGAAAGCCUGUUGUGUAAAUUUAACAUUUGGAACGCAGCGUUUGGAAUACUAAAGCAUCCGUUUUAUCUCAACCGCACGAAGCGACAGUUUGACAAAAGUUGGAAAGUGAAAUUAAUCAGGAUGCAUUAGUAAAUAUUUUUUUUUUUGUAUUUAUAAUUUUAAAAAACGUGCACAUAAGUGUAUGAGACAAUUGAUAGCAUUAAUAUAAAAUGGCCUUUUUUUGUAAAGCGAUUGUGGGUAAAUCGAAAGUUCGUCAAUUGAGAACCGCCUGUUACUCAACGAUUUGUGAAAUGUACGCAAAACAUAAAAAUUCCAUAAAUUCUGUGAGCUAAAACAAUAUAUUUUAAAAAUCUGUAACUUUUCUUUCCUUCCAAAAUAAACAAAGUGUUUUUUUGUUGUUUUUUUUUUUAAAUUUUAUUUUAAUUCUUACUAUUGCAGCUGGUAUUGCCGCUGGGUCUCUUGCCGCUACGGCGAUGUCGACAGCAUGGUCAACUGGCGUCGGAGUGGGACUGGUGGCAGCUGCCCAGUCCGCUGGUGCUGUUGGUGCCGUGGGACUAGUAGGGACUGUUGCUGGUGGUGCAGUAGGUGCAGGCGUCGGGCAUGUCAUCGCAAACGCGAGGUCAAAGAAAGAGUGCGGUUGUGAGAAUGACUGCAACUGUGAAUAGUGAAGUGGUUGUCUUGGAAAACUCUGGUAAUUACUAGCGUCUUGUGCUUCCAGAAGGAAAUAAUAUGAUGUACACAUCAUGAUAUUCACUUAAAAGAUCAACAGAUUCUACUCCACACACUAAUCCCGCUGAACAAAAUUUUAGAUAGUAAACAAACAGAAAAAGAUCAUUUCUGCAAAUCUGUUGAUGGAUGUAUUACUGAUAAGGCCAUUUCUUUUUACAUUGAUUUAUACAUUUUAAAAUGUUUCCGUGCAAUCUUGUAUAGCAAUACAUGAAAGAUAACGGACUGGCAUCCCCCCCCCCAACAACCAAAAAUAAGAUUAAAAAAAAAUAAUUGCUAAGAGACCACUUUCUUACACACACACACACACACACACAAACACACACACACACACAUUCACGAGCACACACACGCACGCACGCACACAAUAAAAUAAAAUUUAAAAUUUAUCACACUUAGUUAGCGUACAUGAGCCAAACUUUGUUAACAUUAAGAUAAAUUUUAUUGUUGAUUGUUUUGCUAUUUUUUCGACUAUCCGUGUAUUUUCAGUCAAUGAAAGUCUUUGUAGUUGAGAAAUUGCGGAACCUUAACAAUUAAACAUUUUAAUUAAAUGUCAAUAAAAGUUGGCCAUAUCAUUUCCAUAUCUCUCAGAAGCGUAGGGCAAAGUUCAAUGACUGGAGUUUUUGAAGGCAACCGAGAGCGGAUUUUUUUCUUCUUUUUUUGUGCUUUUUUGUUGUUAUUGUUUUGUUGCAUAAAUAUUCACUUUUGUAUGCUUUUUCUUCUUAAAUUUUUUUGCCUCGUUUCUUCUUUUAAAAAAUUAAUAUAAUUGUCAUAAUCCCCCAUGUGUAUUUUGUUAAAUCCAUUUUCGAUUAUCCUUAUAAAAGUUAUAGCUUUAUUAUUUCUGUCAUUGAAUCAUCAUUUUUUUUACAGGUUUAUAUUGUCAUCCAAUUCAAAAACCUUUUUUGUAAAUUUUAUUCAUAGAUGCUUGAUUUCUGAUUUAAAAAGGAUGGAAUAUUACCACAGCACGUCUAUGAAAUUAAAAGAUAUUGCUGAAACCAUUUUCAUGUUGCAUUUUUUUCGAAUAAUUAAAUAGUAACGCUAAAAUUUUUAAAUCCAUUCAAACCGUUGCCUAAAGGUCUCAUGUGGAUGUAUGUUUUAUGUGGUCUAUUUUAAGCACACAAUACCUUUAUAGUCAGUAGGUUUUAUUAAUAACAAUAUAAAUAUUUACUUGUCUUAUUUGUUUUCAAAUAAAUUUUCUACUACUAAUUACAAAUGUUUGUAUUUAUUUUAAACAGUAUAAAAA